AUGGCGGCAGCGAUCACUUUAGUUAUUGUGAUGAUCAUUGCUUUAUCAUUGAUGGUGUAUUGUACGAUGUCUAUAGUAGAAGCUGCCAGACAGGGUCUCGAUACAAGAACUCGAAGAAUUCAAGUACAGCUCUAUCGUACUCUGAUUGCACAGGACAGAAGUAACGUACAGCUCACAGUGUAUCAAGUGCAUCUAUGCCACAUCCUUCCACUGAGCAAGUGUUUCCGAUUGUUUUCCGCUUUUCAGUCACUUAUUCCUUUCUUGUUCAUUCACGUGCCAUUCUAUCUUUGCGUGUUGGCACCUUUGGUCCAUGUAGACACCGGUGUGGCGUCUGACUUCCUGCCAUUUCUAUUUGCAUGGAGUCCUGCUAUUAAUCCACUGAUAGUUAUGUACUUUGUCCGUGACUAUAGAAAGUUCGUGCUGAGUAAGGUUAUGCGACUGCGACGCGAUAUUCCAUCCGCCACAAACAGUGUAUUCCCGACUGCCACCAAGAGACCAUAA